UGUAUCACUACACACGGUCACCUCGAGCAGUGAAGUUAGGCCAGGUGGGCCCCUCACCCAUCAUGUCCAACAAUAAAAGUUAGGCCCCAUGGGCCCCUGUCUUCUGGGCACCCCUUUAUAAGGUGACCCAGGGAGCCAGCCCACAGGGAGACCCCCAGACGGGCACACACACACACACGGGGAGGAUCCUCCCAGGCUCCCCCAUUCUCUCAUUCACCACUCUCCAGGAGAGGAGGAGAGCUCCUAGCCUCCUUCUUCUUCCUCCAGACAGCUCGAGGAGCAUCAUGUACAACUAUAUAUUCUCCACAUACACCACACAUGCAGGAGUAGGGGUAUUAAGUCCAUGCGAGCGCCCCGAACCUGGGUAAACCACCGCAUGUUGUUGUCCAACCCGUUUCGAAUCUCCACAGUGGCCUUGCUCUCACCUCUCUAAGACACCCCAUGGAAUUUGUCCCGGAAAUACCACGACAGUUGGCGCCCAUCGUGGGGCAUGCUGCUGCUCGAACUGCGGUCCGGGCGGGACCCUUUUCGUCGUCAUCACCGUUGCUUCACUGUCAUCUCUCCGGUAGCGCUGGGGGGUCCGACAUCGACAUCGACACGCCCCGGAGGCGACUGUGCAAAGCUGCGUGUCCUCGUCGCCGGCCUCGCCCCCUUCUUUAUCACCACCACGUUGCCGCUGUCGUUCAGGCGACAACGCUCGAGGGAUCAACAUUGACACAGCCCCAGGGCGACCGCUCACGUCCAUGCCGUCAGUCUCGCUCGCUUCACCCAGGCCAUCAUGCUCCUUGCGUUGGCACCGGUGAUGGCCCUCGUGCUCGCGCUGGCGGCGGGCGCCGUCGCUCGAGCAGACUCCCGGAAGCCCGUUCUCUACUUUAUACACAUGCUCCUCCCACGCGUGCCCGAACGACUGCUCCGUCUAUGCCCGCAAGUCGGUUGGCCUGGCCGGCUGCACCCCGCGCGCACCGGUGCCGGUUGUAGCUCCGUUGCCGACUGCGCCUCCAGCCGUGCCGCUUCUCAUUGCUCCGCGUCGCACCGGCUCUGCUUGCGCCUCCCCGCCUCUGGCCCGACGGUCUGCUGGCCUGGCAGGUUCCACCUCGCAUGCCCUGGUGCCGGUUGCAGCUCCGCGGCCGGCCGCGCCUCCAGCCGCGACACACACGUCCGGCCGCUCCAAUGUGUUCGCAUGAGUUUGCGCCGCCUCUCGCGCUGGCCGGCUGCCGCAUCCGCACCAGGGUGCCACGCUCACGCCGUGCCGCCUGCUCAGCCCGCAGCCGGCAACCCGCGGCUGCUCUGUCGUCGCCCCAUCAACCAUGGCUCAGCCCCGCGGCUCGGUCGUCCGGGCUUCUGCAACGCUGCGCCCUCUCGACCUUCAAGGCGGCGUGGCUGCGCCGGCUUGGUCCACCUCCGCGGCGGCUGCCGUGCUCGCACUACGUGCACCAGCCCCGACAGGCCCCUCGUGCUGCUCCGCUUCGGCCCUGCGCCGUCUCCUGGCCUCGGCGCCUCCCUCCACGCGCCGCUCUAGCCGGCCUCCCGCGCGCCCGCGCCGGCUGCGGUGCGUCCUGUCCACCGUCUCGGUGCGCCAGCUGGCCUCCCGCGUCCGAGCUGCUGGGUAACUAUGACGACUGCUGCCCCACGCGGCCCCGACCUGCUUUGGCAAAAGAAAGAGGGCCGACUGGACAAAGAAAAGUCAAAGAUGACAAAAAAACCAAUCGAGAGAACACUAGAAAAUGAAGCUAGCAAGAAGGAAGAAGAAGGCCACAUGCGCCUUCCCGUCAACGUCGCUGCUUGGCCGAUUGGCCCGCCCGCGUCGCCGCGUGGCCAGUCCGGCCACCUACUUUGACAUCGGGCCGACCUGAUCGCCCAUCCGCUCUGACGUUCGGCCGUCGGGACCGACGGACUGCCAUAGCCAUCGACCGCCGUAGGCUCGGCGGCCACACCCAGUGGAUGCGCCAGCGCGCUUCGCUCGCAGAAGGCCGCGUCGGUUGUCAGCGACAACCACAACCUCGUCUGCACUAAAGCAAUGUGACCUCCUGUCCGUGGAUCCUCACACCGCGCGUAAAAGUAAAAACCCUGAGCGACACUCGGAGGCCAU